GAAGCACAAUAAUGACAAAAAUUUGUGAACUCUAUGAAACUGAAAAAGAAAAAAAGCACGAGGAUUUAACUGUAGCCAAACAUGUCGCCCUGACAGGAGACUAUUGGACAUCUGUUAGUAACAGUAACUAUCUUGGUGUUACGGCGCAUCUGAUUACUGCCGCAUGGGAAUUAAAGUCGUUUGCAUUAAGAGUAAUGAAGACAGAAGAGCAUCACUUCGCAGAGGCAUGUGCUGAACACUUCUUAAUAGUGACACGCGAGUGGGAAAUUGAAGAAAAAAUUACAACUGUAGGGACAGACGGUGCACGAAAUAUGACAGCUGCAGCUAAAAUAUUGCCAUUUGAGCAUAUGCUGUGUGUGGCUCACAUCUUACAGAGAUGCGUUACUGUGAGUCUUGGUGACAGCGGAUUUGUGAGCGCAUUAUCCAAGCGUCGGAAAAUUGUUGGCCACAUCAAACAUAGUCCAGCAAACACCUUAGAGUUGGAAGCACAGCAAGCAACCCUGGGGCAGUGGAAAGAGCCACUGAUCCAGGACGUCCCAACACGCUGGAAUUCUACACUCGAAAUGAUCAACCGUCUGAACCGCAACCAAGCAGCAAUUAAAGCGACCCUGGAUCAACAGAGCCACAAACUUGUCAUGCUGACGCCACAAGAAUGGGACAAACUGCAGAAACUGGAGUCUCUUCUGGAGCCCGGCAAGUAUGUGACUGAGAUUCUGGGUGGGGAAUCCUACGUUUCCUGCUCAGUGGUACUGCCUGCCUUCUGCCACCUGCGUCAUGUGAUGGAAACCUCUGGUGACGAUCCUGCAUAUGUAUCUAAGUUUAAAACGGCAUUUCAGGAAGACCUAACCUCCCGUCAAGAACGCUUUGUCGACAAUGAAUGGCUCAAGAUUGCAACAGCUUUAGAUCCUCGGUUCAAAGACUUGAAAUGCCUCCCCAAGAGUGACAGAGAGAGGGUCUGGACCACACUUGGACAACUGCUGCAUGAACAGUCCCCACCUCGACAGAGUUUUGAAGAUAAGCCACCCAAGAAAAAGGGUCUUUUACAGAUGGGCUCAGAUUCAGAAUCAGAUGAGGAGUUGCUACCUGACAGACUGAUGCACUUGUACAGAGCAGAGCCUACCAUUAGUAUAGAGAACUGUCCCUUAGAGUGGUGGUCAGCUCACUGGAGAGCUCAUGAAAAGCUGGCACUGCUGGCUUGCAAAUAUCUCACCACUCUUGCAACCACUGUACCAUGUGAGAGACUGUUCUCAGUUGCAGGCAACAUUGUUAAUAAGAAGCGGUCAUCUCUUCUCUCGGACAAUGUCAACAAAUUGGUUUGUCUCAAUAGCUGGCUGAAGAAAGAGUAACAGAGAAAAAAGGAGAGAAGAAAUUACUAGAUAAAGAAGCUACAGCAAGGAGGUGGUUAUUUUAAUGUAGCAUGAAGACAGAAAACAGCUAACCUGCUCCACUUAGUCAAAAAAAACUCGAAACACCAGCAUCUCUAAAGCUCUCUGUUUACAUGUCACACUUUGUAAAAGGUGCAAAAUCAAGCUUAAGCUGUGAUAUUAGGCAGAUGUGUCUCACAAUUUGGACAGUGCAAGGCUAUCUGUUUCCCCUUGUAAUUUUGAUUUAAAGAGGCCAUAAGUGGCAUGUGAUAAUACUAAAUGCUACAAGUUAUUCUAACAGUAUCACAAGUAGUACUGGAUUUAUUUUUCAACCUUUUGCAUUUUGAAUUAAAAUGUUAAAAAAAUGUUUUAUCACAAAUACUAGUCUCAGUAGCUGGCUGAAAAAGAGUAACAGGGCCACAUUAAUGUGGAUAAAUGUUGUUAAAAGAACAGUUUUUUGUAACAUGGACUUUGAAAGGUGUUGAAUAAACACAUUAAGUGCAUA